AUGAAGGUCGCCAAAGCUUCGCUUCUUACCAUACUUGCGCACUCGGUCAGCGCCCGCUUUCUUGCCGAAGACGAGAUCAACCGCGUCCAGUUGUAUCCUGCCGGCUCCGAGCCCGAGAAGUACUUGAUUGAGCUCGCCCCAGGCGACACUCGCUGGGUCACUGAGGAGGAGAAGUGGGAGCUCCGCCGAAACGGUAACCGCUUCUUCGACAUCACCGAUCACAAGGACCUCGGCGCCACUCGCCUCCGCACAAAGACGAAGAGCGUCUUCCCCGAGAAGUGCUCUCUCCAAGACAAAGUCAAGCCUCUGCUCAAGGACCUUGACAAGUCUGAAAUCCAGAAGAACCUCGAGAAGUUCACCAGCUUCCAUACCCGUUAUUAUAAGUCCGACUAUGGCCGCCAGUCGUCCGAGUGGCUUCUUGCCAAGAUUGACUCCAUCAUCAAAGAUGCUGGCGCCGAUAAGAACGUCUACGCCCAGCCCUUCCCCCAUACCUGGCAGCAAAGCUCCAUCAUUGUCACCAUACCCGGCAAGUCCAACAGCACCGUCAUCAUCGGCGCCCACCAAGACUCCAUCAACCUGUGGCUGCCCUCGAUUCUUGCGGCUCCCGGUGCCGACGAUGAUGGCAGCGGCUCCAUGACUAUCCUAGAAGCCUUCCGCACUCUGCUCAAGUCCAAGGACAUCGUUUCUGGCAAGGCCGACAACACAAUCGAAUUCCACUGGUACAGUGCUGAGGAGGGCGGCCUGCUUGGUAGCCAGGCCAUCUUCUCGUCGUACGAGAAGGAAGGCCGUGAUAUCAAGGCCAUGCUCCAGCAGGACAUGACUGGUUUCGUGCAAAGAACUCUGGAUGCCGGACAGCCCGAGAGCGUCGGCGUCAUUACUGACUUUGUUGACCCUGGCUUGACCGGCUUCAUCAAGAAGGUUAUUGUUGAGUACUGCAAGGUUCCUUAUGUUGAGACCAAGUGCGGAUAUGCCUGCUCUGACCAUGCCUCCGCCAGCAAGGCCGGCUAUCCCUCGGCGUUCGUCAUCGAGUCGGCCUUCGAGUACUCGGACAACCAUAUCCACAGCGUUGAUGACACCAUCAAGUACCUGUCGUUUGACCACAUGCUCGAGCACGCCAAGAUGACCCUUGGACUAGUUUACGAGCUCGGUUUCACCGACUUUACGGCCUUGGAGAAGAAGGGCGAGUCUGUUUCCGAAGAGUUGUAA